GCAUCUGGGUCGCAUCUGGGUCUCAUUCAUUCUUCCUCAUCGCCUUCCUCUCCAUCUUCCUCCCUCCUUCCUCAUCCUUUUCCACUUCUUCAUCGUCAUCAUCUAUCGCCCUUCUUGGACAGGAAAAGGACACGAUACAGCCAAAUGGGACUAAUACCUCAGCCUGCAGUCAAGCUGCUGCGAUACGGUGUGCUGGCAUACCUCGCAGGGUCCGUCAUCUUCACGCUACAUACCCAAUUCAGUCGAUACCAGGACUCGCAGCCCAUCUACAACGUCACUCCAGGAACAUGGGAUGAGCCAGGCCAGGCAGUCUUUGAUCUGGAAAGCACCGUCUACUCAAAGCAGAGGAUGAGCUGGAAAACGCCGGAAGACAGCCCCCGCCAUGAGAUUGAGGAAGACGCAGUGAUCCACAAGAUAUUCGCCAACACGAUGCAGCCCUCCAAAGUGCUGCCUUACUACUUCAAAGCAGAGCGGAGAUUCGAUCCGGAGGCGGUCACCAUCACGACCCUGAUCACCUACGACCGAUAUCCAGUCUUCAGCAAACUCGUCACCAACUACCAGGGACCCAUCUCUGUCAGCAUUCACAUCAACGACGACGAGAACCGGGACGAGAACCUGUCGAGGCUGCAUGACAUGUACAGUUCGAACCCGUCUAUGAGGGAGUUUGUGGAUGUGCAUGUCAUUGUCGACAAGUUUGAUCGGCAGUUCAACAUGUGGCGCAAUGUGGCCAGGUUCUUUGCUCGGACCAACUACUUUAUGAUGCUUGAUGUCGAUUUUCACAUCUGCACAAACCUGCAGCACCACCUGUCCCUUGACCCGGAAGCACGCCGGCUUAUGAGAGAAGGGAAAGCGGUUCUUUUGCCCGCUUUCGAAUAUAGAAAACAAGAAGACGGUGUCGACUCGAGGACCUUCCCCAAGGAUAAAGCAGCGGCAAUCCAGCUGGUACGGGACAACAAGCUGGCGGUCUUCCACGAUUUCUUCGCCAGGGGACACAAUGCGACGGACUAUGAGCGCUGGUACAAGACCGAGUCAGCGUACAAGGUCACGACGUACCAGCACUCGUACGAGCCUUAUGUGAUCCUGAAGAAGGAAGGGACGCCGUGGUGCGACGAGCGAUUCGUGGGCUAUGGGGCCAACAAGGCCGCCUGCCUGUUCGAGAUUUACAUUUCCGGGAUCGACUACUACGUGCUCCCUCACGACUUUUUGAUCCACCAGUCGCACCCAUACAAGGAAGAGACCAGGAAACAGGAGCGCAAGUACAACCGCAAGCUGUACCAGAACUUCCAGGAGGAGGCCUGCUUACGGUACUCGCGGGACUUUGUCCUGGCCCAGCAGUGGAACACGCCAAAAGCAGACAACGUGAAGGAGCAAUGCAACAGGAUCAAAGGGUUCAAGCAGGCCAUGGCACAGUUCAGCUAGGUCUAAUGCUCCAAUGAUAGUGAUGUGGAGCUAGGAAAGACUCUCUAUUUGAAUAUAAUGAGCACGAUGAUAUCUACAUAUCUACAUGGGACUGAAAGAGACAAGUACCGAUGAUGGAUAAUCAGGGACUUUUUUUUUGCUAA